UCGAGUGUCACGCAAACGACAAAACGCCUGCAAACGCUGCGCGCCGUAUACGUACGGGGCGAGCGGCGACUGCGACGAGUCGUAUCGGUCGUAUCCGUCCGCCAUUACGGUUGACUCGAAUCGAUCAGGCGAGGUCUAUAGAUAGCGAUACUCCUCGCGUAGCUGAAUGCACGAAAGUCGAUAUCGCAUCGUCGCGGGUAAGUCGAUUGCUGAUCGCUUAGCUGCCAUCGCUGCCUUUCGACGCGAGGAAUUGAAUUGAACUUCGAUUAGCGCGAAACGGCACGUUGACGGUGAAGUACGAGGGGAGGAAAAUAGAUUCGCGGUAAAAUUGGAGAUUCAUCGACUCGCGCUGCGUCGCCAGCGGGGCGACCAGGGGCGACCAGGGGCGACCGAGUGCGAUGCGAUGCGUCCUCUCGUUGCUCUCGUAGCCCCGAGUGCGCUCGCAUCGAGCCUCGCGAGUUCGUUCCCGUCGUCCUGAGCUCCCUCGCAACCGCGGACGCGACACCGCUGAGAGUAAACUUGCGAACUUGCGUAACUUGGACACUUGGACACAUAUACAUGCGGACACCGGCGAUUGUGCGCCUAUCGGCUCCGAGCGAACGCUAUGGAAAGUAACAUGCAGACGCUACCGAACGGCCCGGCGGCGAAGCCGGGUACGUCCGACGACAAGAACGAGAUACAAAUGGUACUGGCGAAAAUGAUGGAGGAGAAGCAUACGUAUACGUAUAAGAAACUAGUGGUACCACCGUCGAUGCGGAGUAUUUACUGGAAGUUCUUUGGCUUUCCAGCCACCGAUGAAGGCGACAUACUCACCAAGGUGAAGAUCGUCUGCAUACUGUGCAAGACGCAGAUAGCCUACAACCGCAACACCAGCAAUCUUCGCAUGCACCUGCAGAACAAGCAUGCCCACGAGCUGAUGGAGCUCGAAUCGUCCAACCUGCCGUCGCCGAGGCAGGUGUUGCCGCAGGACAGUAAGGAGCGAAAGAUACAGAGGAAGCUGCUCAAGGCGGGCCUCAGCCCUACCAAAUAUAUCUACACUACUAAUGCGGACGGUACCGUUCAGAUAGACGGUGACAUACAGUUUGUUACAGAUCCUAACAUUAGUCUGUCUAAUAUGGAGGAUGACAUUGCCAUUGGCCAGCCGUUGAGGGUGAUGAUCAAAGGUGGAUCUGGUAUCAAUGGUAAUAGCCAGAACGUGGCAUUCCUCAUGUCAGAGGAUAAUAUGACGAAUCAAUCGGUCGACGUGAAAACUGUCUCGGACGCGAUAGCCGAGUUUAUAAUAAUGGAUCUGCAGUUGCCAGAGAUCGUGGAGGGACGGGGCUUUCAGAGACUAGUCGCGACCCUACGCUCGCCCUGCGAGAUUCCUAGCAAGAACAAACUGGAGGAGGAGAUAAUACCGAGGAUAUACGAUAAUUUUCGAGAGUCUGUGGCUACCUCCCUGUCCUGCGUCGCCUCGGAAUUGGCGCUGACGAUCGAGGAAUGGCAGUCCAAUAACGACGAGAGCUUUGUCACUGUGUCGGUUUAUUAUCAAAGUAACGCAGAGGCUACUUUAGAAUGUAAGAUUUUAAGCACUCUUCAUGCCCCACUGGAUUGGGAGGAGGCUCAGUGGGGAACCAUUAUAGACUCUUUGUUACUCGACUGGGAUCUUAAAGUGGACAGAAUAACGGCGGCGGUUGUUAGCACUUCUAGAACAGAAUUAAUUGUGGCACUGACUAAUCGUGGUUUGACCGUAGUACCGUGUUUGCUCUACACUCUACAAGUGUGCGCACAGAAUUGUUUUGAGAAUCCUAUAGUAUCACAGACAUUAGCCAAAUGCAGGUCGCUCAUUGGAGCUAUCAUAAGCCAUCCAGCCGCCCUUGCAUCAUUGACUAUGCAAGAACAAUUGUCAGAGUUGGAGGAAAAUACUAUAUUGCUGGAUUAUCCCGCUGUAUGGAUAUCGACAUAUACGAUGCUGGAACAAAUGCUCGCGCGUCGUAACAUGAUUACAUCCAUAUUGGAAAGCAUCGAUGGGAUAGAUCAAGAUAUGUUUGAAAUUACCAAUGAACAGUGGAAAAUUAUGGAAGAUAUCGUGAAUGUUCUUGAGCCAUUCAAAGUUACCAUCAUGACGUUGAGCGAGGAGAAAAUGCCUCUGAUAUCCCUAUUGAAACCGUUACUUUGGCAACUUGUGUCUUCACAUCUUAAAGUGAAGGAAUUGGACAGUGACAAUGCCAAGUCUUUUAAGGAGGCCUUGUCGGACAUGUUGUGCGAUCGAUACGCAGAUUAUAAUGUUACUUUACUUCUACAAAUUGCAACUACUUUGGAUCCUAGAUUCAAAACAAUGCCAUAUGUUACUGAGGAAGAGAAAAACGUAGUUAGUGCUCCUAUAAAGGAAAUGCUGACGAAAUUGAUUCAGGAAGAAACUGGGGACGUCUCUGUAAAGAGUGAAGAUGAGGCAGUACCAAGUAAAAAAACUAAAGUCUCAGGUAUGGAGUUUUUACUUGGUAGUCUGUGCACUACAAAGGUUGGCAUGCCCGCGGAGGAAAAAGCAGAUCUCGAGAUUGUGCAGUAUCAAUCGGAACCCUCGGCACCUCUCCAUCAUUGCCCCCUGCAAUGGUGGUCAAAAGUGUCCGCGAAAUGCCCGAAUCUGGCGAAGUUGGUGAGCAGGUAUCAUUGUGUGCCCGCUUGUUGUGCACCACCUUCCCGUAUCCCGCCGGACAUACAAAUUCAAUACGAUACAAAACGAGCGACUUUGCCUCCUCAUCUAAUUGACAAAUUACUUUUUUUGCAUGGUAAUCAUACUAUGCAAGUGUGAAAGGAGUUUUUAAAUUUUCGAGACGUUGCCUGAAAAAUACUUCGCUGGUGUAUAGAGUAAUUUUACAAAAAUAAUUUUAUUGAGCUUACUUGCAAUAAUUAAAAAUGCAGAGUAAUACGUACGCAAGUAAACUCCCUAUAUAUCUUCCUCAUUGAUUCUACAUACAAUGUACGUAUUACGUAUUUAAAGUACAGAAAACAUCAAUUUUGUUUUUAUUUUAUUGAAUGUGUGUGCAAUAUUCCUAAGAUUUGAUCUAUUGUUACCAAGCAAUGUGAGGAAUAUUAAUAUAUAAGGUUUUCCAUAUCAAUGCGUAAUUUAAUUUAUAAUAAAAAGAUGCAGAUAAAAUUUUUCGGUAAACCUUUACAAAAGGGGAGUAGCCUCUGACGACCUUGACCUUGACAUAUAUUAUAGAAGCAAGGAUACUGAACAACUUUUCCUUAUAAAUUAAUCGGAAAAUUUAAAAAAAUUAUUUUAAAACAGUUUCUACUAUAACGACAAAAGUAUUACAACUAGGUGAAAUAUGUAUAUAACCUUUUUUAUUACGAGCUUCAUUUUUUGUUUGACGUAUUUUUUUGUAAAAUGAAUAUUUUUUAAAAUAAUUAAAAAAAACUGUUUUUUUCUUUCACCAAGUAUAUCUCGAAAACUGCACGCCGAUUAAUUUAUAAGGAAAAGUUGUUCAGCAUCCUCUUCUUGAUAACAUAUAUCAAGGUCAAGAUCAUCAGAAGCUGCUCACCUUUUGUAAAGGUUUACCGAUUUUUCAUAUUUUUUAUAUGGAGAGGAAAUAUGUAAAUUGUUUUUAUAUAAGAACUAGGAUUUCUUAAAAAAUAAAUAUAUAGAAUUUAUUCUAACAUUUUGCACAAUAAAAAAAUAUUCAGAUUGUCUCGAAACUCUCCUUUCAAUGAAAGCAUAAUCACUAUAUUUAAUAAAACUCAGAUUCAUAAAAAAUAAAUGCUAAGAUUGGGCGUUUGCAUGGCCAUUUCUGAGACUCGUUGAAGUUUUUUUUAUUUUACUUAUAUUUAUAUGGUUUUCUGUUUAAAAUGUAUAAACAGCUGUAUUUGCUACAUUCUUAAAAAUAUUUAUUCUCAAAAAAAAAUUCAGUACAUGAUCAGAAUUAUUUUUUGUUACAUUGAAAAACAAGAAAAAUGAAAUAAGUUUGUAAUAUAAAUUUAUACUCUUAUGAUUUGUAUGUAAAGACGCUGUAUGCGAUAAUUGAAUCAAUUUUAUGAUUUGUGUUAAUAUAAAUAUAACAUUGACACACAUAAAAAUGAGAAAAGUUUCAUUGUAACAAACUUAAAUGCUUCAUUUUAUCUGUCUUCUAGUUUGAUCAUUGUCUUGAAUUUAUUAUUAAUAAUUUAAUAUAAAAUUACAAAGUGUGACAUGAGUGUGUUGUGAUUCGAACUUUGUAUAGAGUUAUUAUAUGAUUGUAUGGAUGAAUAUAUAAAAAUAUCACAAAAGUAAUCAAAGUAGCACAAAGAAUAAUCUAAGAUUAUGACAUAAUAAAGAUGUGUGCAUUGGCACAAUCAUUUUUUAGUAACGUCUAAAAUUACAUCCUUUUCUUGAUCUCAAAGAUAAAUACAUAUGUAUAUGUAUAAAAGAUACUUUGUAAUAAAGUUUUUUACGCAAUGUAUAUAAAUUGUACAAUAUUUGUAUAGUGUAUGAAUUUAGAAAUUAAUACAUUCAAAUAUAUGGAUGUAUAUUAAUCUCGUCGCUUCGUCUGCGUAAUGUAAUCAUACAAGUUUGUACAUAUGCAACGAUAUUGUAUAAGUAGUUUAAGAUACUUCAUAAGUUUGAAAUACACAUAUAUUCUUACGUAUAUAUUUUAUCAAAGUUACAAUUAUCCUUUAUGAGUGUAUUGAAUUUUAUUUGCAAGUAGUUAUGGAAUACUUAGCUGCUUCUGUACCCAUGCUGAACCUUUGUAAAAUCUCGGAUCACCGAUCCUCAGAGAGGCUCUUUUGUAAAAGUAAUAAUAUAACACUGCAACUUUAUAAAAACUUUGGAUUAUUAUCAUACGCUUGUAAACGAGACGACGUUUCAAGUUUUCUUAUGUACCUGUUCUAUGUGCGGAAUAAAGAGUGUGAAAUUCUUUUGUC